CUCCUGAUCUGAGACCAACAGUUGGGGUCGGCCGAGGUCGUCGCCAUGGUGACCUUCGCCGAGACGACGCAGGUCUCCCCGAUGGAGCUGCGCGAGCCGCCCUGCCUGACCGCCACCCUGUCCCCCGGGCUGCGGCGGAAAAAGAUGCUGUGGCAGAACGCAGUGAAGCACAUCAUUAUCCAGCAGGAGCUCAGCGCCCAGGUGGGUGUGGAACCAGCGCGCAAAAUCUUUGUGACCGACGCAUACAUGGAGGAGAUCAACAGACAAAUCCGCAGCAAGGCCUCACGCGGGGUCACCAAACGUCGUUCCUCCUCGUUCAGAGUCCAGCCCUCCAUCACCCGCGGUUCCACCAGCACGCACGGCAGCGUCGGCGGUUGCGUCAACGACUAUUCCAGCGACGCCGACUUCUUUGUGUACUGGGGUGACACUGUUCGCGGUGUCUACAUACCCAUGCUGAGGCACACCUUCAAGUCCUGGGACCUUGAGAAACUCUACCAGCUACACUCUUCUCACCAAAGACGAAACUCCCUGGCCAUCACCAACGUGAUCGACGCUGUGGCCAAGCUGCACGUGUUGGUUCUGUACCUGGCCUUGGCCCCCGAGGCCGUGACCGACACGGUGCGAGGCUGCCUGACAGGCUUUUUCAUGGUGUUAGCCAUAGCUCUCUGUAUCUUGGUGUUGACCUGCAAAGAUUCCAUGUCCCCGCGGUGGCUUCACUACGCUGGCCUUGCUAGCUGGUUGUCGCAGACCACACAGGUGCUGGGGGGACUGGUGUACGGACUGGAAAAAGACCCAUCGUGGUACGUUUUGUUCACAUUGUUCGCAACCUACACGCUGCUGCCGUUACCUCUGCUGUGGGCCAUGUGCGCCGGUUCCCUCACCUCAAUACUGCACCUCCUGGUGGAGACAGUGCGCUACCACAAUGAUGCUAUGCUUUUGAGAAAGGUGCUUGCCAAAGGCCUCCUGUACCUCGGUAUGAACACAGCUGGCUUGUUCAUCCACUACCUGACAGACCAUGCCCAGCGACAGGUUUUCCUGGAGACGCGGCGCUGCAUUGAGGGUCGCCUCAGAUUAGAACAAGAGAACCAGAGACAGGAGCGUCUGGUGCUGUCGAUCCUACCUCGCUUUGUUGCCUUGGAGAUGAUUGCUGACAUGGGCUCUUUGGAAGAUGAACUCAACCCUCAGGAGUUUCACAAGAUCUAUAUUCACCAGUACAGAAACGUCAGCAUCCUUUUUGCAGACAUCAAGGGCUUCACCCUGUUGUCCAUGAACCUCUCAGCUCAAGAUCUGGUCCGAACCCUCAAUGAGCUCUUUGGACGCUUUGACCGACUGGCAGAUGAGUACCACUGCCUCCGGAUAAAGAUACUGGGAGAUUGUUACUAUUGUGUGUCGGGGGUCCCUGAGCCACAGCGUGCCCAUGCCCAGUACUGCGUUGAGAUGGGCCUGGCUAUGAUCAACACUAUACGGUACGUACGGAAGCAGCUGAAGUUCGACAUGGACAUGAGGAUCGGGAUCCACUCUGGCUCUGUCCUCUGCGGGGUGCUCGGCCUGCAGAAGUGGCAGUUCGAUGUGUGGUCCUGGGAUGUGGGCAUCGCCAACAUGCUGGAAGCUGGAGGGAUACCAGGACGCAUUCACAUCUCAAGGGCGACUCUGGAUUGUCUAGAAGGCACCUACAAGACGGAGGACGGUCAUGGCCGUGACAGGAACGAGUUCCUACGAAAGCACAACAUCGACACCUUCCUCAUCUGCCCUCAGGAGGACAGGAACAAAGCCAACCACGCCGAGCCUCCCAAAAUACAGAAACCGAUUCGAACCUGGACCCCAGAGAUAGCUUUUGGGAAUGUCAUCGACAUGAACUGUAUUCUUGCGUCCUUUACAAACGGCUCGCUGCCCAACAUAUGGCAGUCCACCUCCAAAGAGAUUAACAAACGCAUCAGGCAUGCUAUUGAAGUUCGAAGCAGUGAGCGCAUGCACAAAGAGCACAUCACUCCGCUGACUCUGGUGUUCAAGGACACGUACAUUGAGAACAAGUUCUCCCAGAUGAGAGAUGAGAUGUUCAACUCCAACCUGGUCUGCUCCUUCAUCAUGCUUCUCUUCCUCAUGGCCGCCCAGGCCCUCAUCCCCGCCCCCAGCGGGAUGUUUCCAGCCAUCCUCCAGUUCUCAGUCUUCCUGCUCGUCUACCUGCUGCUGCUGCUGAUCGCCCUCGCUGAGGAGUUCAAGUGGACUCCUGCAUCGCUGCAGCAGUUCUGCUGCUGGAUCCACGAGAACAACAGCGCCCGCAACCUGCUCACCCUCACGGCCAUCGUCAUCAACUUCGGCUUGGCCUCCGUCGACAUGGUGUGGUGUAUUCUCACAAACACAGGAGAGGCUGACAUGGAGAAGACCAGCGUGGGCUCACGUCCGCUCACUGUCUGCACGUACCCUGAGAUCUUCGUGCUGAGCGGCGUGAUCGCCAUGGUGACCUGUGCCGUGUUCCUGCGCAUGAACUCCCUGCUGAAGCUGGCGGUGCUGCUGCUGGCGGUGGCUGUUUACUCCUACCUCAUCCACCUGGCCUUCCUCACGCUCGCGCGCCACGACGUGCAGCACAGGUCUCACUAUCUCAGGAGAAAAUGGAUUUCCAUCCUUCUCAUGGCCAUGUUCAUCGUUGCUGUCUUCUACAAUGGACGGCAGUGGGAGGCUACUGCCAGACUGGACUUUCUGUGGCGUCUGCAGGCCCAGCGGGAGGUGGAGGACAUGAGGGAGCUGCGAGAACACAACGAGUGUUUGUUACACAACAUCUUGCCGCUGCAUGUCGCACGACAUUUCCUGGACCGGAGCAAGAAUGAUGAGGAGCUUUACGCCCAGUCCUAUGAUGAAGUGGGCGUUAUGUUUGCCUCCAUCGACGGGUUCAACGAGUACUUUGAGCAGAAAGAGAUCAAACAUGAAGGCGUGGACUGCCUCCGACUGCUGAAUGAGAUUAUUGCCGGCUUCGAUGAGCUGCUGGAGGAGUCGUACUUCCACUUUGUCGAGAAGAUCAAGACGAUCGGGAGCUGCUACAUGGCGGCGUCUGGUUUAGCUCCAGACAAACAGGCAUCGAUGGAUGAAUGGAAUCACCUCAGUGAGCUGGUUUUGUUUGCGCUGGCGAUGCAAGAAACACUGAAAGAGAUUAAUAGGCACUCUGCCCAAAAAUUUGACCUGCGUGUGGGCAUUGCGCAUGGACCGGUGGUCGCAGGGGUGAUCGGCGCCACCAAACCCCAGUAUGAUAUCUGGGGAUCAACGGUGAACCUGGCCAGCCGCAUGGACAGCACAGGUGUGAGCGGCCGCAUCCAAGUACCUGAGGCCACCCGCAAGAUCCUGACAGAGUGGGGCUUCGUCCUGGAGCUACGAGGAGAAAUCUUUGUCAAAGGGGUCAGCGAGCGCCAGGGGAAGGUCCGCACCUAUUUCAUCAGCAACAUGCGCAGCAAGAGGGCCAAUACCGGAGCAGACGGACACUACGGGGGGCGCUCAGGAGGACGCAUGACGCUGGCAGAAGUGGUGUUCGGCCUCGUCCAAGCCAGGCACAAGGAGACACAAAGGGACACCAACGGCUUCAAUCUGACUUCCUGCAAACUGCAGUGCUGA